GUAUUUGACUAGUGCUUUACGAAUUUGAGCUUGCCGAAAAUGUGAUGGGUGAAAUAUAAACAUCACUGUGUCUCCUGCCUCAGAUCUACACAAACGCUGCUCAGAACUUUUCGAAAUGGCAGCACCAGCUGGAAGUGGACUGACCCAAUCUGGCAUUUUUGAGGAUCUGCAGCAUAAGAUCGACGAAGACACCGGCAUUAAAGAUGCUCUUCGAGACAUAGUAUCGAAGCUAGAAAAGCAAGAUCGCAACACACAAUCCAUUCUAUCACGAGCACACUCAACUGCAAACACCGACUUACCCGCUGUCAUUCAAGCUGCAGAAGCGAGCAUCAAGGAGCAGAUCGCCACGAUUCAAACGCUGUCUGCGGAAGCGUCCAAGCAUCCAUACUACAAGUUCAAUUACUCAUGGCAGAGGCAGAUGGAGAACUCGACAUUCUCGAUACUGUUCUGCGGAUGGCUUGGUGGAUGUGGCAAGGACGGGACCGGCAACUUGUUGACCAUUGAAGAGGUCGGCCAGACAAUGAACGUGCCUGUCAAUGUCAAGGAUCGCGAUUGUUUCCAUCUCACCAUCGAGGAGUACCUCCUCGCCUUGGUUUCCUUACUGGACGAACUGUCCCGACUGGCUCGCAAUUCUGUCACCUUGGGCGAUCACCGCCGGCCGUUUCAGAUCAGCCAGUUCAUCAAGGAUGUCCAUGCUGGUUUCCAGAUCCUCAAUCUGAAGAACGAUGCCUUGCGCAAGCGUAGCGAUAUUAUCAAAUACAAGGUCAAGGAGGUCGAAGACGUGGUGUACGACCUGAGUCUACGAGGCUUGACACCGAAGGAUUGAGUAUGCCUAUGUGCGGUGGUAGAGCGGGAUCCAAGUAUGACUACAGCCUCGGCAAGUUUCUUCGAGGUCUCUGUGCUGAACGGCUUGCGUUGCGAUCGCCGGGCCGGAAGAUGUGUUCUUGGAGCAGACGGUCAGCCACCAGAUCCCCAGAUCAAGGGCAGCAAAGGACCUUCCGCUACCACGCGAUUUGUGGGCAAACGCCGUGCCAUGCAGUAGUCCUCUUCAAACAAAGUUCCUGUCCCUCUCAUGCUAUCGUACACUGGAACACGCAGCACUUCAUUCAUCUGCCCAAGCCCAUGCCGCCGGGUCCCUGUUGCGCCAUGGCGGCAUUUUGCUCCUGGAAGCGCUCUCCCAAUCGCUCAGAGCUCUUAAGGAACUUGUCGACGCAGCGCAUCACACAUCCUUCUUCUUUGCUCUGGAGGCUCUUCGAGGUGAAGUCGGUGACGCAGUCGUUGAAGCAUCGUUGAACGAGGUUGGAGUACAUGUUCAUGAAGUCCUUCAUCUGCUUCUUCUCCAUGCGGCCUUGCAGCUCGCG